UUAGUGCGACUCCCCACCGCCCACCUUUUCUCUCUCUUCCCUUUGACUAGUCCAAGCUUAUCUUCUCUCUCUUCUCUCUCCUCUCUCUUCUUUCUUCCUCUGCACGCUCAACCGAACCCCUUUUUCUUCUUUCUUCUUCUCCUUCUUUUCUUCACGCCGAGCGAACCAGAAGCUGCAGCUCGCCCCUCAGCCGCUCGCCGCUCGUCCCGCCGCCGCACCGCCGCCCGCGCCCGUGCGCCCGCCGCCAUCCGCGCACGCCCAGGCCGCGCGAUCCAGCUCGGCCCAGCCCUGUUUCGCCUCUGUUCCAGCACCGACCAGCUCAUCUCCAGCCACCUCCGGCCACCGGCUAGCCCCGCCGGACCUCCCCGGUGUCCCCCUUGCCCUCCGCCGACCUCCCCUUGCCGCCCUAGCCGCCGGACGAGCUUCGUCCAGCCAAGAACAGUGGCUGGAAAAUGGGUUUCCAGCACUGUUCAAGGCCGAUUUGGGCCAUUUCCCGGCCCCGAACCCGAGCCGUGCUUUGGGAAGUUUCGUUCCUCGCGUCGCCGCCGUCGGAUUGAUCCGAUUUCCGCGCGAUUUGACAAGCGCUUCCACACUUCCGCUCACUCAUCAAUUCCAGAGAGAGACGAGACUGCUCUCUUGCCCUUUCCUCAUCUCUUUUGGAUUCAGUAAUGGCGACGUCCUUGAUGGCAAGGCCAGUUCCGGCGACCCGAUCGCGCCCGCCGGCUGCAUUCGAGACGGCGCUAGGCGUGGAGGCCAUGUCAAGCUUCGACCGCAUGGGCCUGAGUGACGAUGUCCUCCGUGGGAUCUACAGCCACAGGUUCGACAACCCCUCGGCGAUUCAGCAGCGAGCCAUGGUGCCGAUUGUCCGGGGCCAAGACGUGAUCGCUCAGGUGCAAUCCGGCAUGGGCAAGAUCUCCACCUUUGCCCUCGCGUCUUGCCAAAUCGUGGACACCUCCAGAAAAGACGUGCAAGUGCUGAUUUUGUCACCUACGAGGGAUUUGGCGAGUCAGACGGAGAGAGUUGUGCUGGCUAUCGGUUCUUACAGGAACGUGCUAGCCCAUGCAUGUGUUGGAGGCAAGAGCAUGGGUGAAGAUAUCCGGAAAUUGGAGCAUGGAGUUAAUGUUGUGUCCGGAACUCCAGGCAGGGUGCUCGACAUGAUAAAGAGGAGAACUCUUUGCACCAGAGCCAUCAAACUCCUAGUCCUUGACGAAGCUGAUGAGAUGCUGAGCAGAGGAUUUAAGGAUCAAAUCUAUGAUGUUUACAGAUUCCUUCCUCCAGAGCUUCAGGUUGUCUUAGUUUCAGCAACCUUCCCCACUGAGAUAUUAGAGAUGACAGGAAGAUUCAUGACCGAUCCCAUAAGGAUUGUUGUGAAGCGUGAUGAGUUGAUGCUGGAGGUAGUUAUGUUUGUCGAGCAGGUGGAGUGGCUUGCUGAAAAGAUGCGUGAUUCUAACUUCACUGUGUCUGUCAUGCACGGGGACAUGCCUCAAAAGGAGAGAGAUGCAGUAAUGGCUGGAUUCCAAUCUGGGGCGACUCGGUUGAUGAUCACCACUGAUGUGUGGGCUCGAGGGAUUGAUGUUGAGCAGGUUUGUCUCGUUGUCAACUAUGAUCUUCCCAACAGCAGAGAGCUGUAUGUCCAUCGGGCCGGUCGAGUAGGCCGUUUUGGGCGGAAGGGUGUUGUGGUAAAUUUUGUCAAAGACAACGAGAUCCGGAUUCGUAGAGACAUAGAACAGUAUUAUGGCACCAACAUACGCUAAUGCCCGAAGGACCCUGCCGAUAUAAUAUGACAAGAUAAACAGUACGUACAUUUUUAAAACGGCGGCAGAAGGCCUCCGGUUAAUAGUCUAUAGCUUUACUUCCGACCCAUAAAUUAUGGCAUUCUUUUAUCUUUUCAAAACUUGGAAGCGAUUGAGUUGUGCUUAGAAUGUUUAAUUCAAAGGUUUUAUGUUAGUCUUUCGAGUUACGAUCCCUGAACACAGGCUCGUGCACACAUCUUGUUCACCUUUGCAUUGAUAUUUAUCUUCAAGGUUAUGGACUUGUAAACCCGGCAAAGAUUUCGUUGAAUA